AAAUAUGCAAACGCAAUUGCAAAGAAGCCAAGAAUAACGAACAUACUACUCUAUAUUGCAUUCCCAGCCUCUACCUCUGCAAUAGGAGAAUCAGAUUCUGAAUUGAACAGAAGAAUUCCCACGAAUGAUUGAAAAAAUAAACCAGCUCAUAAACCAUGAUAUACAUUUUAUUCUCAAGACCUCGUCAUUGCCCUUUAAUAUACACUUUUCUCUGUCUUCCAUUCAAGCAUUUUGGAAUUCUGAAACAGCUUUUUCUCUCUCGCUCGUUUCAUGACAAAAAAGCUUUUCGGCAUGGUCAUGAGGAUAAAUAUUGACUGCAAUGGUUGUUACAAAAAAGUUAGGAGAGCCCUUCUUAACAUGAAAGAGUUGCAGACCCAUUCAAUAGAGAAAAAUCAUUGCCGGGUAAGUGUUUUUGGUAGAUUUAACCCACAGGACGUGGCAAUCAAAAUAAGGAAGGAGACUAACCGUAGAGUUGAGAUAUUGGACAUACAAGAUUUUAGCACCAUCGAUGAAGAUCAUCACGACCAGAGACCCUAUAUCACUUCUGGAACCUUGCAUCCAACCACAACCACAUUGAAACUUGCAUAGCAUGAAGAGUGAAGACAGAGAGGGAGUUGUCCCAUCUCAUGUAUGAGCAGCGUAUAUGUAUCAUGUUUGAUACGUUAAUGUACAUUUUGUCUCAUUUUGUUCAUGUGGUUACUUGCUUUGCUUCACAUAGUUACAAUAUUGCUUUGUAGACAGUUGAUACCAUUUGAAAAUUGAGUGUCCCCAUGACAAGCUCAAGAACUUAACAAAACAAGAGUUCAACACAUAUUAGGUGAUGUCCUCACAGAUUCUGAGUCUACAGGUUUGAUAUAUUUUCAAAUUUAAACUAUAUUUUCUCUACAAUGUUUAUUUAUUUGGCUAGUUCUUCUUGUAAAGAGACAAGUAUUAGGCUAAUAAAGAGCCAACUGAGAACAGUAUAUUUUCAUUUCUCUCUA